AUGGGAAUUCUCGCCACUUCCAUCACAAACGACUCCAUCAUUAGACCAGUUGGGUUUUAUGUUAUCGGAUUUACCUAUUUAAAGUUUGCAGAUUUUUAUUUAAUUUUCCUCACCCUCCUUUAUAUUGUAACGGUUUUGUGCAACUCCUUUAUUGUUUCCAUUAUAUUGAUGGAUCAUCGGCUACACACUCCAAAGUACAUUGCAGUGGUUAAUUUAGGGGUUGUUGACUUGGUUUCCAGUACCUCACUGAUUCCUAGUGCGACCAACACAUUUGUGAUGAAAGAUACCUUCAUGUCCUACAAUUCAUGUUUGACGCAGAUGUUUUUUUAUUACGGGUCUCUUGCACUAGAGUCGUUUUCCCUCAGUGUACUUGCCUAUGACAGGUUAAUUGUGAUAUGUUUCCCACUGAGGCAUAGUUCCAUCAACACUCCCACAAGCAUGAUCAGUAUUUUAGUGAUUGUUUGGUUGUUUUGUGUUAGUGCCACUGCGGUCAUGAUCUUUCUCAUGACAAAACUGUCUUUUUGUGAUUCACUCACUGUGUACAACUUUUUCUGUGAGUACGCAGCCGUGUCCAAUCUGGCGUGUAAUGACAACACACUGCAUUGGGCCGCUGGUUCUUCUCUCAGUAUUCUGAUUUUGUUCGGGCCCCUUAGUUUCAUCGUCUUGUCAUAUGUGAGUAUUCUAGCAGCCGUGUUUAGAAUGAAAAAUGUGGAGAGCAGGUACAAGGCACUUGCUACGUGCACAGAACAUCUCAUUCUAGUAGCGAUUUUCUACGUGCCGAUCAUAACUCUAUACAUCAUUGAACUUUUCUUAUUCCUUGUUGAUCCGAACAUCAAAAUGGUGAACUUAUCGUUAGCUUCCUGCAUCCCGUCCUGUCUGAACCCCAUUGUGUAUUCCCUGGCAACCAAAGAAAUCAGGAACAGAAUACUGGCUAUGCUCCAGAAAGUCAAAGUAGCAGCGUGGACAGGGCAGGCAUAG